ACAACAGCAAGAAACAGCAGAUAAUAGGAGUAAAAACUGAAAGAAACAACGAUUAUCAAGAAAGGUAGGGGUUAAAAGAGUGAGGAGAGAGAGAGAGAAUAGCAAAAACAAUGAGUUGAAAAGCCAGAUAAAGAGUGGGAAGAUAAUAAAGAAGAGAGAGUUUUGGGGUGUGUGUGGUGUUUUGUUCAUAAAGCUAAGGAAUUUGCAAAUGUCACAAGAUUCUGAGGAGAUAAAGACGAUUGAGCAGUGGAAAUGGUCCGAAAUGCAAGGCCUUGAACUUGUGUCUGCUCCUCCUUCUGACCCUUUUAAAACCAACCCAUCAACCCCAACUCCAACAACAACAACAAAUAACACACACCUAAGAGAACAACAAGAGAAACCUCAACAGCAAAGUCAAGCUGAAGCUCAAGCUUAUCAGGAGAGUGUAGGGGAGAGAAGGGAAAUGGAAACUUCUUCUUCUUCAUCUGAGACAAAAAAAGAUGGGAGUAAUAAUGGUAGUAGUGGAAGUGGAGAGAAGCCAGGGGAUCUCCCAUCAGUUGGGUUUGGUGAACUAUUUAGAUUUGCUGAUGGUUUGGAUUAUGUGUUGAUGGGAAUUGGCUCUCUCGGUGCUUUUGUACAUGGCUGUUCUUUGCCUCUCUUCCUUCGUUUCUUUGCCGAUCUUGUCAAUUCUUUUGGUUCUAAUGCUAAUAACAUGGACAAGAUGAUGCAAGAAGUUCUAAAGUAUGCAUUUUACUUCCUUGUGGUGGGUGCUGCAAUUUGGGCUUCUUCAUGGGCAGAAAUAUCCUGUUGGAUGUGGACUGGAGAGAGGCAAACAACAAAGAUGAGGAUCAAGUACUUAGAAGCAGCUUUGAACCAGGACAUUCAAUACUUUGACACUGAGGUUAGAACUUCUGAUGUUGUGUUUGCCAUCAACACUGAUGCAGUGAUGGUCCAGGAUGCCAUUAGCGAGAAGUUGGGUAAUUUCAUUCACUACAUGGCAACAUUUGUAUCUGGUUUUGUGGUUGGUUUCACAGCAGUUUGGCAAUUGGCUUUGGUCACACUUGCAGUGGUUCCUCUCAUUGCUGUGAUUGGAGCAAUCCAUACCACCACAUUAGCCAAGCUUUCUGCAAAGAGCCAAGCAGCUUUAUCACACGGAGGAAAUAUUGUGGAACAGACAGUAGUUCAAAUUCGGGUUGUUAUGGCAUUUGUUGGUGAAUCAAGAACAUUACAAGCCUACUCCUCAGCAUUGAAGGUUGCACAAAAGAUUGGUUACAAGUCUGGAUUUGCAAAGGGAAUGGGAUUGGGAGCAACUUACUUUGUUGUUUUUUGUUGUUAUGCUCUUCUUCUUUGGUAUGGAGGUUAUCUGGUUAGGCAUCAUUACACUAACGGAGGACUUGCCAUAGCCACUAUGUUUGCGGUUAUGAUUGGUGGAUUGGGUUUGGGACAGUCUGCACCAAGCAUGUCUGCAUUUGCAAAGGCCAAAGUGGCAGCAGCAAAAAUUUUCCGUAUAAUUGAUCACAAACCCGGUAUUGAUAGAAACAGUGAGUCAGGUUUGGAGUUGGAGUCAGUUAAUGGUCUAGUUGAACUGAAAAAUGUGGACUUUGCAUACCCAUCAAGGCCAGAUGUAAAGAUCCUUAACAAUUUCUCCCUAAGUGUUCCUGCCGGAAAGACCAUAGCUUUGGUAGGAAGCAGUGGUUCUGGUAAAAGCACUGUGGUCUCCCUCAUUGAGAGAUUCUACGAUCCCAUCUCAGGAGAAGUGCUGCUAGAUGGGCAUGACAUAAAGACAUUAAAACUGAGAUGGUUGAGGCAACAAAUAGGACUUGUGAGCCAAGAACCUGCUCUUUUCGCUACCACCAUUAAAGAAAACAUACUUUUAGGUAGGCCUGAUGCAAACCAAAUUGAGAUUGAAGAAGCUGCCAGAGUUGCUAAUGCCCAUUCAUUCAUUGUAAAGCUUCCUGAAGGCUUUGACACUCAGGUUGGAGAGAGAGGACUUCAACUCUCCGGUGGGCAGAAGCAGAGAAUUGCUAUAGCCAGGGCAAUGUUGAAGAACCCAGCAAUCCUACUCUUGGAUGAAGCAACUAGUGCACUUGACUCUGAGUCAGAAAAGCUGGUGCAAGAGGCCCUUGAUCGUUUUAUGAUUGGUAGGACAACUCUUGUCAUUGCCCAUCGCCUUUCCACCAUUCGCAAGGCUGAUGUUGUAGCUGUACUCCAGCAGGGGAGUGUUUCUGAAAUUGGAACACAUGAUGAGCUCAUUUCCAAAGGAGAAAAUGGGGUCUAUGCCAAGCUCAUCCGAAUGCAAGAGAUGGCACAUGAAACUGCCCUUAACAAUGCUAGAAAAAGUAGUGCAAGGCCUUCUAGUGCCAGGAACUCAGUAAGCUCGCCGAUUAUUGCCCGCAAUUCGUCUUAUGGCCGAUCACCAUAUUCUCGCAGGCUUUCUGACUUCUCUACAUCUGAUUUCAGUCUUUCCCUUGAGGCCUCACAUCCUAAUUAUCGAAUGGAAAAGCUUGCCUUCAAGGAGCAAGCUAGUUCCUUCUGGCGCCUUGCAAAAAUGAAUUCUCCUGAAUGGGUUUAUGCUUUAGUUGGUUCUAUAGGGUCUGUUGUCUGUGGGUCCCUAAGCGCUUUCUUUGCAUAUGUGCUAAGUGCUGUUCUCAGUGUCUACUACAACCCAGAUCAUGCUUAUAUGAGCAGAGAAAUUGGGAAAUAUUGCUAUUUGUUAAUUGGACUUUCAUCAGCUGCCCUUCUCUUCAACACACUACAGCAUUUCUUUUGGGAUAUUGUGGGAGAAAAUCUCACAAAACGAGUGAGAGAGAAGAUGCUGGCAGCAGUGCUGAAAAAUGAAAUAGCAUGGUUUGAUCAGGAGGAAAAUGAGAGUGCUAGGAUUGCAGCAAGGCUGGCUCUUGAUGCCAACAAUGUCAGAUCAGCCAUUGGAGACCGGAUUUCAGUGAUUGUGCAGAACACAGCACUCAUGCUUGUUGCCUGCACUGCUGGCUUUGUGUUGCAGUGGCGCCUUGCCCUUGUCCUUGUUGCAGUCUUCCCUGUGGUCGUGGCAGCAACUGUUUUGCAGAAAAUGUUUAUGAAAGGUUUCUCAGGGGAUUUAGAAGCUGCUCACGCCAAGGCCACGCAACUAGCUGGAGAGGCCAUAGCCAAUGUAAGAACUGUUGCUGCCUUCAAUUCAGAAAACAAAAUUGUUGGCCUUUUCUCCUCAAACCUUCAAACUCCAUUAAGGCGCUGCUUCUGGAAGGGACAAAUUGCAGGAAGUGGGUUUGGGGUAGCUCAGUUUUCACUAUAUGCUUCUUAUGCCCUUGGUCUUUGGUAUGCUUCCUGGCUUGUGAAGCAUGGGAUCUCUGAUUUUUCAAAGACAAUCCGAGUCUUUAUGGUUCUCAUGGUCUCUGCCAAUGGUGCAGCUGAAACAUUAACCUUAGCUCCUGACUUCAUCAAGGGAGGUCGAGCUAUGCGAUCAGUCUUUGAUCUUCUUGACCGUAAAACUGAAAUUGAGCCUGAUGACCCAGAUGCCACACAAGUUCCAGACCGCCUUCGUGGAGAAGUUGAAUUAAAGCAUGUAGACUUUUCUUACCCCUCACGUCCUGACGUCCCUAUUUUCCGGGACCUUAAUCUUCGUGCCCGAGCUGGAAAAACUCUUGCCCUUGUUGGUCCGAGUGGAUGUGGUAAGAGCUCGGUCAUUGCACUUAUACAGAGAUUCUAUGAGCCCUCAUCUGGACGUGUUAUGGUUGAUGGAAAAGACAUUCGGAAGUACAACCUCAAAUCCCUGAGAAAACACAUUGCAAUAGUUCCACAGGAGCCUUGCCUCUUUGGUUCUACCAUCUAUGAAAACAUUGCCUAUGGGCAUGAGUCAGCAACUGAGGCUGAGAUCAUUGAGGCAGCUACUCUAUCCAAUGCCCACAAGUUCAUAUCUUCAUUGCCCGAUGGUUACAAAACUUUUGUUGGGGAGAGAGGAGUCCAACUUUCUGGGGGCCAGAAACAGAGAAUUGCGAUUGCAAGGGCUCUUGUGAGGAAGGCAGAGCUUAUGCUGCUUGAUGAGGCAACAAGUGCCCUUGAUGCUGAGUCUGAGAGAUCAGUCCAGGAGGCCCUGGACCGAGCCUGCUCAGGAAAAACCACAAUUGUGGUUGCUCAUCGGUUAUCAACAAUUAGGAAUGCACAUGUCAUUGCAGUGAUUGAAGAUGGGAAAGUUGCAGAGCAAGGAAGCCAUUCACAUUUGCUGAAAAAUUAUCCCGAUGGGUGUUAUGCCCGCAUGAUACAAUUACAAAGGUUUACACAUAGCCAAGUCGUUGGAAUGACAUCAGGCUCAAGUUCUUCAGCAAGACCAAAAGAUGACAAUGAAAGAGAAGCCUAGUGACCUUAAAGAAAAAAUGGCAGAAAAGGAGGAGUAUAUCUCAUAUACCCCUUAAGAUUUUUUGGGUGUUUACUCUGGAUUUGAUGUUUUGAUAUAGUAUAAUAUAUGUGCAUUAUCUAUUUUUUUUUCUUUUAACCCUAUAUGUUAUCUUCAUGGGUCUUCCUAAGGAAAUGAUAAUGACAAAUAGUUCCUUGAGAUUGAAA